AUGAUGCUGGCCGAAAUGAUGACUAGCGAUCAUCUGGAAUUGCUGAAAAAUCAAGAACCUCGAAUUCCGCACAUAUUUCCAGAGGGAAUAAAUCUCUACUGGUCCUCGCUAAACGUUACUGGUCCUGAAACGAAAUCCACAAACUUUCUAGAAAAAUUUCGAAAUAAUGGAUCAAAAAAACGAGUAAAAGAGAUAUUACAUAACGUUUCUGGAAUGGCUGAAUCUGGAAAGUUAUUAGCGAUAAUGGGAAGUAGCGGGGCUGGAAAAACUACACUUUUGAACGUUUUAACAUCGAGGAGUUUGACAAAUUUGGAUGUUCAAGGAUCCAUUUUGAUUGAUGGGAAACGAGCGAAUAGAUGGAAAAUUCGAGAGAUGUCCGCAUUUGUCCAGCAACACGAUAUGUUUGUUGGAACAAUGACUGCUCGUGAGCAUCUUCAAUUCAUGGCACGCCUUCGGAUGGGUUCAGAAUACUAUUCAGAAGAAGAACGAGAAUCUCGUGUGGACCAGGUUCUAACCCAAAUGGGACUACAAAAGUGUGCAGAUACAGUAAUCGGAAUUCCAAAUCAAUUGAAGGACUCUCAUGUGGAGAGAAGAAGAGAUUAUCGUCACGUCGUCCAGGCUCUUCGAAAUCUUGCGGAUUACGGUAUGACCGUAAUCAUCACAAUUCAUCAGCCAAGUAGUCAAGUGUACUCGUUGUUCCACAACGUUUGUCUAAUGGCGUGUGGUCGUGUGAUCUACCUGGGUCCUGGGGAUCAAGCGGUGCCACUUUUUGAAAAAUGCGGAUUCCCAUGCCCCUCCUACUAUAACCCGGCCGAUCAUUUGAUAAGGACAUUGGCAGUAAUUGAUAGUGAUAGAGCAACAUCGAUGAAAACGAUUUCGAAAAUUCGCCAAGGAUUCCUGUCCACAGACCUUGGUCAAUCCGUUCUAGCCAUUGGAAAUGCCAACAAACUCCGUGCCGCCUCUUUCGCUACAAGUAGUGACACUUCGGAGAAAACCAAGACAUUUUUUAAUCAGGACUACAAUGCUUCAUUUUUCAUACAGUUCAAAGUCUUGUUCUGGCGGUCGUGGCUUACAGUAAUCCGGGAUCCGAAUUUGUUGUCGGUCAGAUUGUUGCAGAUUAUUAUAACUGCACUUAUCACUGGCCUAGUCUUCUUUCAAACCCCAAUCACGCCAGCCACCAUAAUUUCGAUUAAUGGAAUUAUGUUCAAUCAUAUUAGAAAUAUGAAUUUCAUGCUACAGUUUCCAAAUGUGCCGGUCAUCACCGCGGAACUUCCAAUUGUUUUUCGAGAAAAUGCUAAUGGAGUUUAUAGGACUAGUGCCUAUUUUCUGGCAAAAAAUUUCGCAGAAUUACCCCAAUACAUUAUUCUGCCGAUUUUAUACAACACAAUUGUUUACUGGUUUUCUGGGCUCUUCCCGAAUUUUUGGAAUUUCUGUUUUGCGAGUUUAGUGACGAUUUUGAUCACGAAUGUUGCUAUUUCAAUAUCAUACGCCGUCGCAACAAUUUUCGCCAACACAGAUGUCGCCAUGACCGUACUUCCAAUUUUCGUGGUCCCGAUUAUGGCAUUCGGAGGAUUUUUCAUCACUUUCGAUGCAAUUCCAUCAUAUUUUACAUGGUUAUCUUCGUUAUCCUACUUUAAAUACGGCUACGAAGCAUUGGCAAUCAACGAAUGGGAAUCAGUUACAGUAAUUCCUGAAUGUCUAAACAGUACAGUAACGGCGUUUGCACUGAAUGGAUGUCCCAAAAAUGGCUAUGAAGUUUUGGAAUCGAUCGAUUUCUCAGCGUACCAUAAGUGGUUCAACAUCUCCAUUCUUUUUGUAAUGUUCAUUGGAAUUCGAAUUAUAGCUUUUGUGGCACUUUUGAUUCGUUCUUAUAUGAAUGCCUAA